CUUAGCUCAAAUGAGAGGGUUAUUUUCUCUCCACCUGUGCAAAAGGCUACUGAACAAUUACUGCUUCUCCGAUUCAGCGAGCUGUGGUUUGGGAUAGCUGGCCAGAUGCUUUCACUGAUUCAGUGGCUCUAAUUUCUGCAGCAAGCCUGAACUUUUGAAAUGAUUCAGAGCCAACAGCUGAAAUUGAAUGUGGUGGCCAUCGUUACUGAAGUACUAUAGCCAAACAGAUGGUGUUAGCUGGCUUGAAGAAUACAAAGCACGGCACAACGCAGGCCUAGAGGCCCAGAGAAUUGUAGCUUCAUUCUCCAAAAGGUUCUUUUCAGAACACGUCCCCUGCGAUGGAUUCAGUGACAUUGAGACUCUUGAGUGUCCAAGUCAUUUUUUUGAGGAUGAGCUGAUGUGUAUCCUUAACAUGGAAGGAAGGAAGUGUCUCACCUGGAAGUACUAUGCAAAGAAAAUUCUAUACUUCCUACGGCAACAAAAUAUAUUAAAAAAUCUGAAGGAGUAUCUUCAACGCCCUAUUGAUCAGCAGUCCUUUUUGGAGGGUGCUGUUUUAAUUGACCAAUACUGUAACCCUCUAUCAGACAUUUGCCUAAAAAGUGUCCAGGCACAGGUCGAUGAUAUCACGGAUAAAGUGCGCAAAGUCCUGCGGACGAAAAAUCCAAGUCAUCCCAGCUUGGCUUCCAAGGCAGGAGAGGCCUUGAUUCCAGAAGUGGAGCUUCAGCAGCAGGUACUUGAUGCUAUGAAUUGUGUCCUAUAUGAGCAGCUAAAAUACAAAGGAAAUGAACUGGAUUACUAUAACUCCCUGAAUUCAUACAUUCAUCAGGUUUUGAUUCGCAGGACAGGAAUUCCAAUCAGUUUGUCUGUGCUUUAUUUAACAAUUGCCAGACAGCUGGGAGUCAAACUUGAACCAGUCAACUUCCCUAGUCAUUUUCUGCUGCGAUGGUGUCAAGGGAAAGAAGGAAGCACAGAUAUCUUUGACUACACCUACAUCGAUGCCUUUGGAAAGGGGAAGCAGCUGACGGUGAAGGAGUGCGAGUACCUCAUCGGCCACCAUGUGACCGAGGAGUUCUAUGGAGUGGUGUCUUCCAAGGAGGUCUUGCAGCGUAUGGUGGGAAAUCUCUUAAACCUUGGAAAGCGAGAAAGCACUGAUCCAUCUUAUCAACUCUUGAGAGACUCGUUGGAUCUGUACCUGGCCAUGUAUCCGGACAAUGUGCAGCAUCUAAUGCUCCAGGCUAGGUUAUACUUCCACCUGGGAAUCUGGCCAGAAAAGGUUCUGGACAUCUUGCAACAUAUUCAGGCUUUGGACCCAUCCCAACAUGGGGCCGUUGGAUACUUAGUUCAACAUACUCUAGAGCAUAUUGAGCGCCGGAAAGAGGAGUUGGGCCCUGAGGUGAAGCACCGAUCAGAUGAGAAGCACAAAGAAGUCUGCUUUUCUAUCGGGCUGAUUAUGAAACACAAGAGAUAUGGCUAUAACUGCGUGAUCUACGGCUGGGAUCCCGCCUGCAUGAUGGGGCAUGAAUGGAUCCGAAAUAUGAAUGUCCACAGCUUUCCACAUGGCCCUCACCAGCCUUUCUACAAUGUGCUGGUGGAAGAUGGCUCUUGCAGAUACGCUGCUCAAGAGAACCUGGAAUAUAACUCUGAGCCUCGGGAGAUCCCUCACCCAGACAUCGGCCGUUAUUUUUCAGAGUUUACUGGCAUUCACUACCUACCAAAUACCGAGCUAGAAAUUCGGUACCCGGAGGAUUUGGAGCUGACACGUGCCACAGUUCAGAAGAUCUACAGUUCAGGCAAGGAGUGAGUGAAAAAGACAUUGCGAGGACAGAAGCAGCUGGAGCGUAGCUUUAUCCUCUUUACGAGAAUUGCCCGGAAGGCAAGUUUGGCGACAAUCCUUUGGCUUAACGUAUUGGGAACUGCAUUGCACUUUGUAACC